AUGAGUGGCCAAGUGAGUUGGUCUUUGCUUUGAGAUACGACAACAAAGUCUCUAUUGAAAGACAAGUUUGUUGGGAUGCCGUAUCUUUACUUUGAGAUACAACAGUGUCUAUAUAAAGAAUUUGAAUAGUAAAAAAGUUUUAUCAACCUACAAAAGCCGAAUUUGGGAUACCCUUUCCUAUGAUCCUCCUGGCGAGUAUCUAAAAUCGUUAUAAAACCUGUAUGGCUAUAACCUGCCAUAUGGUACCGUAAUUCAACGGGCGAUGAGAUUGAUCUGUCACUCCCAAAUUGCCCCCAAAAUGCCCAAUGCUUUUAUAUUCCUUCCACUUCUCUAUUCCUUACAGAACCCAAUACCCAAAGUCCCACUAUCCGCCCCUCCAAACCUCCCCGCAUUUGACCCAUUGGAUUUCAAGCACUUGGAGAUUGUGGAAUUGACAAAAGACAAAGAAAUCAACUCUCCCGAGCUGGUGAAGAGACCAACCCCCAAGCCAAGGACCAAACAGUUGCAUUUGAAUCUUGAACAGAAAGACAAGGAGACGGAGGAGGAAAAGAAGGUGAGAAUUGCUCCAUACAAGGCUAAUAUGAUUUCCUAACCUAUUUCCACGGUUAGGGAUGACUUCUGUACCGGUCGUGUUUCAGUCAAAAAAAGCCGAAGAGAUGCAUGCAAAGGUUGAUAUUGAAAAUGAUCCUGGAGGCAUUAAAAAGGCCGGUUAUUUCGAAGAUUCUGGGAUCAUAUUGGCGACUCCAAAAAGGUUCCAAAAUACUUUCGAAAGUAAGCUUUCCAAUAACCUUAUCAAAAGAAGCAAUCUUUCAUUUAUUUUUUAUGCUUCUUUGAUACUUUUUGAUACCAAAUAUGCGCCCGCUUUGAUCGCUUUUCGACCUCUUUGUUGACUCAAAUACGACAGUGCAAGAAGCAGUAAUUUGUUGUACUGGCUGAGCCCCCAUGUACUGGCUGACCAGGGGAGAAUGGGAUUUGAUGUGAGAGCGACCGGUAGGAGAAGACGAGAAGACCAAGAAGGAAGUAUUUAUUUAGCAUCACAGCAGGAAAAGUGAUUAUAAACUGACCAUAUCUGUGGCUUUUAUAGGGAAUGAGCGAACUUAUGCAAAUUUGGGGUCUAGCGCCAACAUUUGUAUAGUAUCUUUUUUCGCUAUUAAGCUCUUAGCUCCCUCUACGGUAAGGAGAAUACCGUAGAAAAAUCUCACGCCUAUAAUACCAAUCCUCCUAAUGCAAAAUUGCUCGUUGUCAUCGAUAAUCCCGUUUCAUCGAGAAACCUGGCGUGCAUUCCAAUCGGCUUCCAUCAUUCGGUCAACGGGUCAUCGCGCUCUCCGCAAAUCCCGCAAUCUUUCGCGCGCAAAAGAAACUUGCGGUUGAUUUUCAGGGCGGCGCGGGUUAUCACCGACCGGAGCGCUUCAGGGUUAACCCCGUUUAGGUCAUUAACCGCGCGUCGGGAUCGAAAUUGUCCGGCUUUUUUCUAUCGAAACCCCCGUUUUCGGGGGCUUUAUCGUACGAAUUGAGGGGAUCAGUGGGGAAAUGAGGGAGUUGGAGGAAUCUUAGGGAAAUUUCGAUAUUUCAGAAAGUGAAUUCGAUGUCUUAAUGGCCAAAAAAUCUCAUUUUAUCCUUUAAAUUAGCUUUCUUUCUAAUGUUUCUAGCGCCCUUGACAAUCUAAACCACUCCCUUGACCUUAAAACUUUAUCUUCCCCCAUACUUUUCCCGAACUUUACUAUUUUCCACAAGUUUUUGCCCAAAUCAUAAUAAUCUUUCCCCAUUUUUCAGUCAGAGCUUCCCUCCUCACCCCAUCAAGGCCUUGAACAGGCCCUUGAUCAAAACGGAAACGUCCUGAAAUCCCUUGACAGUCCACCAUCUUCCCUACCCUUGCAGCACAGUCAAACCUCCUCCGAAUAUUCUCCAAUCCCCGCUAGUCCCAACCAGUCCACCCCCGAACUCGACGAAUUCAGUGUGCUCGAAAAAUCAAGCCUCAAACAUCGAUUCGGCCGCAUUUUUCGCUCGCUAAGCCUCCGAAGACGCGACUCCUAUCAGCUGGGUGGAGAAUCCGCCGCGCCGUGCAAGUGCUUCUGGAAGAGCUUGUGGAACGACCGAAAGAAACGCGCAGUUUUGCCGGAAUUGGACCAAGCCCAGGGCCAGGAUGUCGACGGCGAAGCGCCAACGAAUGUAUCAGUUCGUUACCGGGGUGCAGAUUGCCUUUAGCUCCAUUUCGGUGCUGAUCUUGUGUAUAACCCUGCCCAUUUUGUACAAUAAUGUCCAGACAACCAUCGAUUAUGUGGAGAGUGAGAUGCGAUUUUGUGAGGUAAGCGCGGACCAAUUUUUGGCCCUAAAAAGACUAAAACAAUAUAUUUUGGAUCUCAAUAUGCCUCUAAUCAAAAAACGUUUACAGCGUUCAAACCGAGAAGCGUUAUUAGAAGUAGAGCUUGGUCGUGGAGCCCUUCGAGGAAACCGAACCGCUCGUUCUACCGUCUACGGCAACUACAAGGCAUCCGGCAGCAAUUCGGCUUAUGAAAACGAGAACAAUGGCGGAGAAUCCGGCGGGGAAUUGGGUGGAUACGCGAAUGAUGGAGGCCAGGUCCCCAACUUCGAAGUAACCGGCUCUCCAAUUCAAACCGAAUGCCCCGGCUGUUGCAUUCCUGGCCCACCAGGACCACGAGGGCCUUCCGGAGUGCCAGGAAAGCCCGGAAUCCCCGGAGCGGCCGGAAAACCCGGAUUCCCCGGAACUUCGCCCAACCAAACCUGUCCAAUUCAAAUGCAACGAGAGCCUCCACCAUGCCGACCCUGCCCUAAGGGGCCACCCGGAAUCAAGGGAUGGCCCGGAUUCCCCGGAGACCCAGGACCAAUGGGACCACAUGGAGCUCGAGGCCGCGAUGGAGAAGACGGCCAGCCCGGAGAAACUGGACCGCAAGGCCCUCCCGGAUUCAAGGGAGGCCCCGGAGCCCCCGGAGACAAAGGAGAAACACCACAAGGAGAAGUGAGAGAAGGCCCACCUGGAGAUGCCGGACCAAUUGGACCCAUUGGAGCACCAGGAGUUCCCGGACUACCAGGACGAAAUGGAAUGACCGGAGCGCAAGGAGAUCGCGGAUGGCCAGGACACCCGGGAGAGAGCGGAGAACCAGGCUACCCUGGUCCAGAAGGACCUCCAGGAGCUCAAGGACCACCUGGUAAGUCAUCACCAACAAGUUCGAACGAUUUCAUAAAAAUUUAUAUUAUACUAGACAAAAGCUAGUAUAACAUAAAUCUUCAAAGUAUGCCAAAAACAAAGCACAUUCUUCGCAACCCACAUAUUCAAUAUUCGAUUUUCAGGCGAGCCCGGGACCUGCGUAUGCCAGAACGUCGACUCUGUGAUCCUCGUCAGCCCACAGGCCAACCAGCCACGUAUACCGGAACAACAAGACACCGCCUAUCAACGCGGCUACGGCCGGAAAUAA